CGGGUCAGUUCAGCCUUUCGGGAUGCCGGCUAGACUUCUGAACGGAGCCCAAUCCUAUCCUGAGUACAGGCCUACAGCCAGGCUAACUAGGUUUUUACUAUGCGACUGCCGAUAUCCUAGCAUGGUAUUCAGAUGUUCAAGUUCGGCAAAAUAACCCAGUCGCGCGAGGCAGUUCACUCUUGGCGUAGGCUGGCAGGUGGUGUGUUAGCUUACUCUGCCGUAGCCUAAGUUAUAGAAGUUGGGUCGUGUUACUUCAGAAGGCUUUGUACCUAAUAUUUUUCGAAGCCCCCCAAGCUAUGUAUAUCAUACGAAUCCAGUCUCCCGAGGGUACGAAGCGUGUGGAGUUGAAGCCAACAGACUCCACCAAGCUUCUGUAUGAGAAGGUGCAGCAAGCCUUUGAUCUCCCAGGCUUCAACUUUGCUCUUUAUGGGACCCGAGACAAAAAAAAUGAGAUUAUAUCAUCCCCAAGGAAAACACUUAAGGGUUAUAAAUUAAAUCAUGGGGACAUGCUGUAUCUACAUGGCGUUGAUGGACCUUUACGUCAUGAAGAUGACAGAGGUGGUCCAAGCACUUCACAGGUUAACAAUAGUUAUACAAGUGUUUCCAGUAACAGCAGUACCAACAAACUUCCAGCUCAUGGGGAAGUAUCAGUAGUUGCUAACAGCAUCAAAAGUUCUGUGAUUGAGGAUGAAGUUGAUUUGACAGUUCAAAAACAGGAUGGAAGAAUUAGUCGGAAAAGGAAUGCACAGCUGUGUCAUCAUGGUAUAAAUAGCAAGUGCAUUCAUUGUACUCCACUGGAUCCCUGGGAUGAGGCUUAUUUGAAAGAGCAAAAUAUCAAGCAUUUGUCUUUUCACUCAUAUUUGAGGAAAAUCACUUCGGGUGUUGAUAAGGGUAAAUUUAUUUCCUUAGAGAAUGUUGAUUGCAAGAUAAAAAGUGGUUGUAAGGACCAUCCCCCAUGGCCUAAAGGAAUCUGUUCUAAAUGUCAGCCGUCUGCAAUCACACUAAAUCGACAGUCUUAUAGACAUGUAGACAAUGUGAUGUUUGAAAAUCGCAAUUUGGUGGAAAGAUUCCUUAACUAUUGGAGGCUGACGGGGCACCAGCGUCUUGGUUUUCUUUAUGGUCGUUAUGAACCUCACUUGGAUGUCCCUCUUGGAAUAAAAGCCACAGUAGCAGCAGUUUAUGAACCACCACAAGAAAGCUCGAGAGAUCAUGUCAAGCUAUUACCAGACCCAAAAAAGGAAGUUGUUGAUGAGACUGCAAAACAUUUAGGGCUAAAGUGUGUGGGGUGGAUAUUUACGGAUUUAGUUCCACUGGAUGCUAGUAAAGGGACAGUCCGAUACCUUCGUCAUGCUGAUUCUUAUUUCCUUUCUGCUCAUGAAGUUAUCACAGCAGCACAUUUACAAAGUUUACACCCAAAUCCUUGUAAAAUUUCUCCGGAUGGUACUUAUGGCUCAAAAUUUGUCACAGUUAUUGUGACUGGCGAUAAAGAUAAUCAGGUUCACAUGGAAGGUUAUCAAGUUAGUAAUCAAUGUCAAGCUGUUGUGAGGGACAGAUGCCUCAUUCCUACCAAAGAUGCCCCAGAGUUGGCUUAUGUACGUGAGAGCUCAGCGCAGCAGUACGUCCCAGAUGUUUACUUCAAGGAGAAAGAUCAGUACAACAACGAAGUUGUUCGGUUGGGAAGGCCUUUACCCGUAGAAUAUUUGCUACUAGAUUGCCCAGUAUCAACACCUAAUGAGCCUGUCACCUUCUUUGCAUUGAAUGCAAAUCCAUUCCCAGUGGCGAACAGAAUGAUAGAAGGCCACUUGCAGGAUUUCAAUACUUUAGCAUCGUAUCUUCAGAAAUUCAGUGAUGACCAGUUCUUAGAAGCAAUGUCAGAUUUUCAUGUCCUCGUCUUUGUUGCUACUAUGGACAUGCUGCCUCUCAGGGAAUAUAUUGGACCUCUACUUGAAGCUAUUAAAAAGAAAGAUCGUAAGGCUGCACUUGACUGGAAACGAUCAGAGCAUUGGGCCACUGUAGAGCAGUUGGUCAUGGCUUCAGGGGGUGGGGGAGCUGUUGCAGGCAGUAGCAUAGAUGUCACUGGUAGAGGAGCCACAGCAGAACCUUCUGCAUCAUCAGCUUCUUGGACUUGUCAGCAUUGCACCUUUAUUAAUCAGACAGCAAGUGAGAACUGUGACAUGUGUCACCUGCCACGGUGAAUUAGUAUUGAUGUAUUUAGUGUUUGUUGUCAAUAGUUUGUAUACACAUGAUGCUGAUAUUCAGUAUCCUGUGAUUCAGUGUCCUGUGUGCCAGAUGCUUCAUGAAUAUGAGAGUUCAUGAGGUGAGGAAAAUGACCGCAAACAGGAAUAAUAAGUUUCUAUGUAAAUGCUUGUUCAUGAUCAAGCAUCCCAGAGAGCCUUCAGAAGAGGAUUUCAGAUUUUUAAUACAACUUAAUCUUAAGUUAGAUACUGUAUUGCAAACUUGGUGUUUUUAUAUGAAUUUGACAUUUCUGUGAUUACUGUAAUUACAUUCAGACCCUGCAGCUUUGUUUCUGCUGUGUGGCAGAUCUGAGCUGUUUUCAGUAAAAAUGGCACAAAUGUACGGCUCUUUCCAGCUCCAAGCAGUUUGUUUACUUAUUUUUUUUUCUAUUUAAGAGAGAGAUGGGAAUUGCAGGUUUUUUGGAUUAGAAGUGAAAGAGUUUCAUCCCAUGAGCUUAUUCUUUACAAUACUGCUGGGCCUAGAAUGUAUUGAUAGGUUUCUAUUACUAUAUGAAUGGUUUUAUGUAACACUGCUCGUCAGCCAAUUGGUUGCAAAACGGAAAGUAAAGUCAUGUAUGUUGUGCCUUUAUAGUGAAUUACUAGUCAUGGCUGAUCCUUUUAUUUUGUAGAUAACAAAAACAUUGAUUCAAAUAAUGAUUUUUAUAGCAUUGAGUAUGUCAUAUAUUUCUUUGUAGAAAGCAUGGAAAGAGUAUUUUGUAUAAUAGAAGGAAGAUUUUAUUUUUGAAAGUCAGCCAUGUGCUUGUGAUUAUACAUGAAAGUGUCCUAAAUUUUUUUUUUAUAAUGUAAGUUCCACAUUUGGGUAUUUUGUGUAUGGAUGAAUUUGUUUACCACUCAUGCAAUGCAUCAAAAUUAUAUUGAUUUGCAAGUUGAUUGUAGAAUGUUUACAGUGUCGGAUUUGUAUAAGAACAGUGUAAAGGUAUGGUUGAAUAACUGGUGGACUAAAGUAUGGAAGCAUGACUGCAAGGGAAUUAUCAAGGAGCAUAAUUCAAGCUUCAAAGAUUAAGAACUUAUUUGUUGUAAUGAAUGCUUUGUCUUUGGGUAAUCUUGAAAAAAUAGUUUUUUUAUAUAUGUUGAAUAUACUAUGGUUAUGGUGGGAGCUAACAGGAAGUUAACAGCCAGUAAAACUAAUUUUUUCACAUUUGCAUAAAGAAGGUAUAGUUUGGCAUCUUUUGUCUAGAGGAUUAUUAAAUUUUUGGUUACUGCAACCAAGAGACUAAUAUCAGUUACCUGAAGUAUUGUUUGAAUAAUCAGGAAUAGCAUUGUAUGGUGCUCUUCUUGCUGUUGAUAAUUUGUUACCUAAAGGCAUAGGUGCUCAUAUUUUAAAAAAAGCAUUUUUUAUGUAAAUUAAGCUUUGAUAAAAAUGCUGUUUACCCAUUGGCAAUGAAUAUGUACGUGUCUUGCUUUUUACAGGUGAGCCUGAAGUUUGGAAAUUUUUGUUGGGUGAAGAAUUUCUCAUUGUUUGGAGUUUGAUUAUCCCUUUACCUUUACAUAGCCCUCCCAAUUAGUAGCGUAAAUUCUAGGUCAUGCUUUGUAUCCUUCAAAUCCACAUUUCCAGACAAGAGUUGUUUCACUGCAGGUCCUUUGGAAAUCGACAGUUCUGGUUCUGGAAUAAGCAGAAACUGUCAGAGGAACCUUUCAUAAUAACAAAUGUACAAGUUCGAAUAAUGGAUUCAGUAGUUUGCUCAUAACUAUAUCUAUGGUGAUUUUAGUUCUCAAGCCAUUGGUCUUGGUAAUUUGAUUUCAUCUAAAUUUGCCAUCAUUGAAACAACUGAUGGUUAUUUUGUGUAAUGUGUAAUUCCUACUGUUGAGGAUUACAGUGUAUUCACAUUUUAAUAUAUACUGUGUAAGUAAUGCACACUCAUAACAUACAGUACAUUAUAACAUAGAAUCAGUGUUAUUUCACAAAAGUGCUUUUAAACAACACAUCCAUUUUACAAAAUACUUGAAUUUUAUAACAAGAAAAUGAGAGGAUUACUUAAGUUUUAAUCAAAGGACUAUACAUUUUAACAGAAUGCUAAAUUGAAAUAAACAAGAAAAAUAAUUAAAUAAAAAACAUCUAUAAAAGGCUGCACUGGUAGUUGAAGCUAAGAACCAUCUAAAUUUAGUAGCCUUUUUAAUGAUGGUACAGUAAAUGGAAUUUCAGUGUGGUACACAAGGAUUUUUCACUUUCUCAGUAUCAUUUGGAUGAGCUGUGAUAUAAAUUGUACUAUACCUACUGUAGAAUAGCUCUCAUGGGAGAUAAGGAAUAUUAUUGAAUAGGUUUGUUAUAUUUUGAUUAGUCUUCUCCCUCUUUCGUGUAUGAAUCAAAAUUGACAAUCUUUUAUAAAGGUGGUUUGUCACUAAAAUGUUUCAAGCUAAUUUAUUGUUUUCUUUACAGCCCAAGGUCCUGAAAAUGACAGGGUUAUUGGGAAACACAUUUAAGUUGUAUUUCAUAAUGUGCAAGCAGGCAAAUAUUUUCCCAAAUUUGGAUCUGUUAAUUUUUGACUUGUAUGAUCAAAAUUUUACCAAUACACUACAUUUUGAUGAAUGAAUUUUUUGUGGGGAAAUUUGAAGCUCUUCUUGUCCAAAAGUGUCACGGCUUCACUGUUGUGUUAAGUAUAAGGAUAUUGACUUUAAUUCAGUGUUAGAUUUAAACAGUAAUUCAGAGCUUAAUGCAAAUUAAAAUUGGAAUUUUGUGCACUUAAUUGUAGAGAAUUCAUUUUUACUUGUAAAAAAAAUCAUAUGAUGAUUUGAAUUUCUAGCACAUUAAGAAAUAUGACUAUAGCCAAUAUAUUUGUUAUCAACAUCUAAUCAGAUGUUGCACCUACUGAAAGAGCUUGUACACUACCUGUUCUGUUCGAUAAGCUUAAUAAUAAUGCCUGAAACUUGAAA